GGCCCGGCGCGCGGGGUGCCGGGUGCCGGCUGGAGACUCCGCGGGAGCGCAGCCGGGAGGCCUGGCCCCGGAGCGGGCCCGACGCCUCCCGAGCUGGCAGGGCUCUCGGCUGAGGUCGGAGCGUGGGCUUCCUCCUCCCGCCAGGGAAAACAGAGAGGAUGAAGGCCUAUCUAAAGAGCGCAGAAGGCUUUUUUGUCCUAAAUAAAAGUACCACAGUUGGAAGGCAUGAAGAUUCAGACCUUGUUUUACAGUCUCCUGACAUCGACAACCACCAUGCACUCAUUGAAUAUAACGAGGCGGAGUGCAGCUUUGUUCUCCAGGACUUCAAUUCCCGCAAUGGCACGUUUGUCAACGAGUGCCACAUUCAAAACGUGGCUGUGAAGCUCAUCCCUGGAGACAUCCUGAGAUUUGGGUCUGCAGGGCUGACCUAUGAACUGGUCAUUGAAAAUCCACCUCCGGUCUCCUUCCCAUGGAUGAGGGGCCCAGCACCAUGGCCAGGGCCACAGCCACCUCGUGCCACACAGCAGCCAAACCAGGCCCCCCCGCCGCCACAUAUUCCCUUCCACCAAAGUGUCCAGCCAGCACCGAUGCAAAGGAGCUGGUCCCAGGCCUUCCCCAGACCCACCGUGGUCCUGCCGGCCUCCCACAGGCGGCCUGUGAGCGCCAGCAAGGAGAUGUUCUCAUUCGUGGUGGACGACGCCCGCAAGCCCCCUGUCAUCAAGCAAGUGUGGACCAAAGCCAUGAAACUGUCAGAAAAAUCAGUGGCCGACGGGAUUCCUGGGGCAGUUCCCCCCGCGGAGAUUUAUGUGGAGGAGGACUUGGCCCAGCAGGACAAGGAUGAAAUAAUUGUGCUGCUGGGAAAAGAGGUCAGCCGUCUCUCAGAUUAUGAAAUUGAAUCCAAAUACAAAGACGUCAUAAUAGCAAACCUGCGGAAUGAAGUGGCUGAGCUGAGUCAGAAGGUGUCGGAGACCACCACCUCCAGGCAGAAUGAGAGGGAGGUCUCGCAGAAGUGUCAGGUUCUGGAUGAAGACAUUGAUGCCAAACAGAAAGAGAUCCAGAGCUUGAAAAGCCAGAUCAGUGCCCUACAGAAAGGCUACAGCCAGGUGCUGUGCCAGACCCUGUCGGAGCGGUACUCAGAAAUCACAUCCCUGAAGAAUGAGGGCGAGAACUUAAAGAGAGACAACGCUAUCACAUCAGGGAUGGUGUCAUCUUUGCAAAAAGACAUGUUAGCAAAGGAUGAGCAAGUUCAACAACUAAAGGAAGAGGUCAGUCACCUAAAAAGUCAGAACAAGGACAAGGACCACCAGCUGGAAGCCCUUGGCUCUAGAUGCUCGGUGCUAAAGGAAGAGUUAAAACAGGAAGAUGCUCACAGGGAGCUCAGGGAAGCCCAGGAGAAAGAGUUAAAACUCUGCAAAACUCAAAUCCAAGGCAUGGAGAAAGAAAUGAAGAAGCUUAGGGCGGAGCUGAGGAAGAGUUGUACUGAACAAAGCAUGAUCUCUAGGACUCUGAGAGAAAAAAGCAAGGUUGAAGAGAAGCUUCAGGAGGAUUCCAGAAGGAAAUUGCUUCAGCUGCAAGAAAUGGGGAACAGAGAGAGCCUCAUUAAAAUCAAUUUGGAGAGGGCAGUAGGUCAGCUGGAGCACUUCAGAAGUCAAGUCAUCAAGGCCACCUACGGACGGGCAAAGCCGUUCCCGGACAAGCCCGUCACCGACCAACAGUUAAUAGAGAAAAUUACCCAGGUCACUGAGGACAACAUCAGUUUUCAGCAGAAAAAGUGGACCCUCCAGAAAGAGACCCAGCUGAGCAACUCCAAGCAGGAGGAGACCACCGAGAACAUCGAGAAGCUGAGGACGUCGCUGGACAGCUGCCAGGCUUGCAUGAAAAUGUCCUGUUGCAGCCAUGACCUGAAGAAGGAGGUCGACCUUCUUCAGCACCUCCAGGUGAGCCCACCUGUCUCGGGGCUCCAGAAGGUGGUGCUGGACGUCCUGAGGCACUCGCUGUCCUGGCUGGAGGAGGUGGAGCAGCUCCUCCAGGACCUCGGGAUCUCGCGCUCCAGCCCCAACAAAGGGUUCUCCUUGUAUCUGAUAUAUCUUCUGGAACAUUAUAAAAAACUUAUGAGCCAGGCCCAGGAACUUCAGAUCAAGUUCAACAAUUCUCAGGAAACUCAGCAGUCUUUACUGCAAGAAAAGCUGCGGGAGCAUCUGGCAGAGAAGGAGAAGCUGAACGAGGAGAGGCUUGAGCAAGAGGAGAAGCACAAAGCCAAAAUCAGGCAACUGACGGAAGAGAAGGCGGCUUUGGAGGAGUGCAUUACUCAGGAGAGAAACAGAGCGAAAGAGACUUUAGAGGAAGAACGGAAGAGAAUGCAAGAACUGGAGAGCCUCCUGGCCCAGCAGCAGAAGGCUUUGGUGGAAAGCAUUACCCAGGAGAAGAACAGAGUGAAGGAAGCAUUAGAGGAAGAGCAGACAAGAGUCCAAGAGCUGGAGAAACGCUUGGCCCGCCAGAAGGAGGUUUUGGAGAGCAGCAUAGCCCAUGAGAAAAGAAAAGCAAAGGAAGCCUUGGAGUCGGAAAAGAGAAAAGUUCAGGAUCUAGAGAACCACUUAACCCAACAGAAGGAGAUCUCAGAGAGCAACAUUGCCUACGAGAAACGCAAAGCAAAGGAGGCCGUGGAGAAGGAAAAGAAAAAGGUGCAAGACCUGGAGAAUCGCUUAACCCAGCAGAAAGAGGAAUUAGAAUUAAAAGAGCAAAAAGAGGAAGUUUUAAAUAAUAAAUUAAGUGAUGCACUGGCCAUGGUUGAAGAGACUCAGAAAACAAAGGCAACUGAAAGUCUAAAAGCAGAGAGCCUCGCCUUGAAAUUAAAUGAAACAUUAGCCGAACUGGAAACUACCAAGACAAAAAUGAUCACGGUGGAAGAGAGGCUGAUCCUGCAGCAGAAGAUGGUAAAGGCCCUCCAGGAUGAGCAGGAAUCACAGAGACACGGGUUUGAAGAUGAGAUCAUGGAAUAUAAGGAGCAAAUCAGACAGCACUCCCAGACAAUUGUGAGCCUUGAAGAGAAACUCCAGAAAGUCACUCAGCACCAUAAAAAAAUAGAAGGCGAGAUUGCAACAUUGAAGGACAACGACCCAGCCCAAAAGGAGGAAAGGCCGCAAGACCCUCUGGUGGCUCCCACGACAGAGAGCAGUGCCAAAGACAUGGCGUACGAACAUCUGAUAGAUGACUUAUUGGCUGCUCAGAAGGAAAUUCUGUCUCAGCAGGAGGUCAUCAUGAAGUUAAGGAAAGACCUUACCGAAGCCCACAGCAGAAUGUCGGAUUUGAGAGGAGAGCUAAAUGAGAAGCAGAAGAUGGAACUGGAGUGGAACGUGGCGCUGGUCCAGCAGCAGAGCAAGGAGCUGAGUCUGCUCAAGGAGAAGAUGGCCCAGAUGAGCAGCCUGGUAGAAAAGAAAGACCGGGAGCUGAAGGCCCUCAAGGAGGCACUCAGGGCUACCCAAGAGAAACACAGACUCCAGCUGAACACAGAGAAGGAACAGAAGCCCCGGAAGAAGACCCAGAUGUGUGACACCUCUGUGCAGAUAGAACCCAUUCACACUGAGGCCUUCUCCAGCAGCCAAGAGCAGCAAUCCUUCAGCGAUCUAGGGGUCAGGUGCAAAGGGUCCCGGCACGAGGAGGUCAUUCAGCGUCAGAAAAAGGCCUUAUCUGAACUUCGAGUGCGAGUUAAAGAACUCGAGAAGGCGCGCUCACCAGAUCAUAAAGACCACAAGAAUGAAUCAUUUCUAGAUUUAAAGAACCUCAGAAUGGAAAACAAUGUCCAGAAAAUACUACUGGAUGCAAAACCGGAUUUGCCAACUCUCUCAAGAAUAGACAUCCUAGCGCCUCAGAAUGGCCUUUGCAAUGCAAGGUUCAGCUCAGCCAUGGAGAAGUCAGGGAAGAUGGAUGUGGCUGAGGCUUUAGAGCUCAGUGAAAAGCUGUACCUGGAUAUGAGCAAAACCCUCGGAAGUCUGAUGAACAUCAAGAAUAUGUCAGGCCACGUGUCCAUGAAAUACCUCUCCCGCCAGGAGAGGGAGAAGGUCAACCAGCUUCGACAAAGGGACCUCGACCUGGUGUUUGAUAAGAUCACCCAACUCAAGAACCAGCUGGGGAGGAAAGAGGAGCUGUUGAGAGGAUAUGAAAAGGACGUUGAACAGCUCAGGCGGAGCAAAGUGUCCAUUGAGAUGUACCAGUCGCAGGUGGCAAAGCUGGAGGAUGAUAUCUACAAAGAGGCUGAAGAGAAGGCCCUGCUGAAGGAGGCCCUGGAGCGCAUGGAGCACCAGCUGUGCCAGGAGAAGAGGAUCAACAGGGCCAUCCGGCAGCAGAAGUAAAUGGGAGCUUCCAGCCCCUGCCUCGCAGGCAGAUGGUGAGGAUGAAAGAAUGCAGGCAUCCCUCGCUAUCUGCUGUCCACUCUUGCUGUCGUCAGACCUCGGGAACCAAGUGCUUUUGGAUGGUGAGGGUGCUUGUCCUGUCUCUGAAGCACCUGUCCAGGGCCUGGCACCAGCCGGUAGACACUGCCUUCCCCGUGCUGCCUGUGACCCACGCACGUGGUCUCCUGGGUGAGUCCUGCCUCAGACCUGGUAGGGUCUACAUACUGGAAAGUUUCCCCAGAGCAAGUCACACAUGAGCAGCACCCAGGUGGCUUCCGAAGCUCCCUGAAAGCUGGCAGAGGGGCUUUCCUGUCUGCUUUGCUGUUGACAUAUUCAUCAUCCACUCCUGCAGUUCACAAGACACUGGAACAGCGACUUCUAAAUAGAGCCAGACUCUCCCUUCAUUCACUCUUGCCUAAGGUGGAAGAGAUCACGAGGCUGGGGUUAGGCAAGUAAGGGAAAGAACCACAGCCACCGUCUCUUCAUGACCGUCUGCAGGCCAGGGACUGGGCUCAUCUGAGCUCUGUAGCCGUGAUAGGGCUUAUUAGUGCCUCAAAUAGCCCUGCCUGGUACGAUGAUCCCUAGUUUACAGAUGAGGAAACUGCGCCUCAGAGAGUUUAGAGACGCCCAAGUGCACACAGUGGCUGGCAAGGAGGGCUGGGACCUGACCCCAGAUCCCUCUGACCCUGGUUCUCCUGCUCUCUGCGGGGUUGGCCCUGAGUCCCCUCCUUGUAACUGUCAGCUUUUAUGUGUGUGUGCAUGCUCGUGUGUGUGUGCACAUGUGUGCCAUGUGCAUGAGGGUUUGCCUGUGUGUGACGCUAUGUGUGUGUGUGUUUGUGUGUGUUGCCUGCCUGAGCUCAGACAGCCAAACCCCCAGAGAAGGGUGCCCCCUCCGCCAACCAGGUGAGCUCCUUGCAGAGGCCUGGCCUUCAUCCCACAAACCUUGCAGACCAUAGGCUCGCUGGCUUGCAGCCCCCAAAAAUGAAGGCAGCGCCCUGCUCUGGACGUGGCCUUUCCAGCACUCACCACUCUGAAUUAAACAUCACAGGCCCCCAUCUGCACAUGUCGUGGGGCUGCCUCGGGCAGAGGACGGUUUCCUUUGACGCUGUGCCAUGCCAGGGAGAUCUGGGCAGCAACAGAGUCCUGAGAUGUUCUUUGAUGUGCCCACUGGAGAGUUCGCUCCUUCCCGAGGCAGCGUCCCCCAGGGCUUGGCCGGCUAGGCCCACAGCAGAGACACCAAACCACAGAACGGGAUGGCAGAGGGCCCUAAAAAGCCCAUUGUCAUGCACUGGCUGAAAAUGAAAGAAAACCUGCAGAUUUACAUAAUCAGUCCGCAUGCAUUAUUCAUGGCCUCCCUAUGCACACACAGUGCGGGCUGGCCAGCCUUCCACGGAGCGGGAGGAGGAAGGUCCCAAGCGGCCAAGCCAAACCUGUGUCAGGGUCCCCAGCUGGAGCUGGGAACUUUCAAAUUCAUGGAAUUCACAACGUAGGGAAAGAUUUGAUAGGAAGUAGAGACACGAUCACAGUAAGGCUGAUGGUAUUAUUUACGGAGCACUUGCUGUCACACGCACCCCACAGGGCACGGCCCACCCUCACCUCACAUCAGCCUGCGAGGAGGGCUGCCGGGCGUCUGCCCACUGAGAGGGGAAACUGAGGAGGUCGGAAGGUGGUGUCACCCGGCUACUCAGCUACAGAAACGGGACGUCAGCGACCUCCAAUCCCGGUCCUCCCAGCCCAUCCACUCAUCCACCCCAUUCCUUUCUAGGGUGCACCCCGCCUACUCCAUCACCAUUUCUCUCGGGGUUCAUCCCCAGGCUCAGUUUGCAUUUAAGGUUUGUGACUAACAUGUCAUCGGAAACUCCUGUUUGUCAAGGGAAAAAAAAGGGGGAAAAAUCUUUUUUUUCUUGCUGUUUGAGAGUUUGACAACAUCAGAGAAAACAGUUUUUUUUCAGUGUUGCAAGACUCAAAAGGGAACCUGUAUACAUCUGUUUGGGCAGCAGCUGCUUCCUAGGAGUAUAUUUUCAUUAAAUGAAAGUUAAAGGAAAGUAGAAUUCUUUUAAGUUUCACACCUAACAUUUUCACAAGGAGUCAAUUUUUUCCCAAGUCUCUUGUAUAAGAUCUCAGCGCCCCUUCAUAAAGAUGGAACAGUUGAGGCUCUGGGAAACGAAAUUACUCACCUUGAGUUUCAGAACUACCCGCCCCUGACACACAGACAACCACUGUAGUUUUAGCACUUGAACAUCUCUUCACGGAGCAGAACGUCCCAGAGUCCAAAGUCAUACUUCCAGCUGGGCAGGGUAGCUCACAUCUGUAAUAUCAGAACUUUGGGAGGCUGAGGCAGGAGGAUCACUUGAGACCAGCCUGGGCAACAUAGAAAGACAUCACCUCUAAAAAUAAAAAUAAACAAAUUAGCCAGGUAUGGCACCACACACCUGUAAUCUCAACUACUUGGGAGGCUAAGGCAGGAGGAUCAAUUGAGCCUAGUGGUUUGGGGCUGCAGUAAGCUACGAUCGCACCACUGCCCUCCAGCCUGGGCAACACAGCAAGACCUUGUCUCUUUUAAAACAGAAAAAAGGCAUAGUUCUAUACUAAUACCUCUAGCUGUGCAAAUCAGACCUGACAUAAAUGCUAGGGAAAACCUCAGUGCUGGUCAUUCACAGAGAACCUCGUGGUCAUCAGCCUCCUGACUCUGGGAUGCCCUGGGUCCACAGCUCCCUGCAGUGACAGUGUGACAGUGACAAUGGCCCAGGCUGUGCCCAAUCUAGUCCACUUCCCACAUCACUAAACAAGGCGGCAGAGUUUCUCUGAGAUAAGAGGCAGACUUUGGAGUCAAACAGAUAGGGCUUAGGGUUCA